UGUUACUGUAUGGGAGGAGCAAGAGAGAGAGCGAUACCAAGAUGGAGAGCAGGAAGGUUCCAGGCAUAGGAGGGCGGCGGUUUGCACCUACCCCACCAAAGCCGGUAAAAAACAGUGCAUAUAUCCUUUACCAAGAGGAACUGAUAGAGAAAAAGAAGAAGGAGAUAGAGGCCAAAACACAGCAACAGACCAAGCAACCUCAACAGAGCGUCCCAACUCAAAGAGCUAAUAACCCUACAGCUCCUUCUGCCACAUCAAACAAAUUUGCCAACGAUGGCAGUUUUUUGCAGCAGUUUCUCAAGUUACAGAAAGAAAAGGCAGGCACUGAAACUUCUUCAUCUUCAUCUGGCAACUCUGGGACAUCCCAGAAGAAGCCCAUCCUAAUAGGAAAGCGACAUGGACUUUCUGGAGAGAGCAUGUUGAACCAAAUGAAGACCUACUCCCACACUAAGCAAACUCCAAAAGUGAACCGUCUCAGUGUCUUUAAAUCUCCCGAGGAAGACGAAGACGACGAGGAAGAUUAUGAGCAGUGGUUGGAAAUUAAAAUUUUACCCCCAGAGGACUCUGAAACCCGCAAGGUUGUUGAGAAGUUAGCUCGCUUUGUAGCCGAAGGGGGCAGGGAACUGGAAAAAAUGGCGCUCGAAGACCAUAAGGACAACCCAGCAUUUGGAUUUCUACAUGAUCACAACAGCCGGGAGUUCCUUUAUUACAGAAAGAAACUGGCAGAGUUUAUAAAGGAACGCCAGGAUCCUGAAAAAAUGGCCGCCAACAAACAUGAUGAAGAUGUUAAGAUGUUUGCUGAGAGGCUGGCAAAAUCCGUGGCAGAAGGUGGUCCAGAGGUAGAAGCAAUAAUCAUACAAAACAACAGAGAAAACCCAGCUUUCAGGUUUUUAUAUGAACCAAACAGCAAAGGUCAUAGGCAUUAUAAAAUUAAGCUGGAAGAGUAUAAACGGGCCUUGAAAAACGCAGCCAAUCCUUCAUCGGUGCCUGAGCUCAAACACAGGAUCACGUCGGAGCCAAGUAUUGCUACAGCUCCACCGGCCUCCUCCUCCUUCGUCGCCCCCUCUCCAACACCUACCAUUUCCUCACCACCUCCAGCCACCGAGCAGACGGCAAUAAAAAGAAAGAGGAAGAGCCGUUGGGGUCCAGAAGAGGAGAAGGUGGAGCUGCCUCUUGCAGCUGCGGUCAGUGAGCCUCCAGACACCAGCUUACUAACAGCUCAGGAUCUGAAAGGUUUGGGGUAUGAGAAAGGAAAGCCAGUGGGAUUGGUGGGUGUCACUGAGCUUUCGGAAGCCCAGAAAAAACAGCUAAAGGAACAACAGGAGAUGCAGCAGAUGUAUGACAUGAUCAUGAAACACAAACGGGCCAUGCAAGACAUGCAGCUCAUGUGGGAGAAAGCACUGAAACAGCAUCAGCAUGAUUAUGACAGCGACGAAGAGGUGGACAACGAUCUGGGAACUUGGGAACAUCAACUGAGACGCAUGGAAAUGGAUAAGACCAGGGAAUGGGCAGAGCAGCUCACUGAGAUGGGUCGUGGCAAGCAUUUCAUUGGAGACUUCCUUCCACCAGAUGAGCUUGAAAAGUUCAUGGAAACGUUCAAAGCUCUCAAGGAGGGUCGUGAGCCAGACUAUUCCGAGUACAAGGAGUUUAAGAUAACUGUUGAGAAUAUUGGAUACCAGAUGCUCAUGAAGAUGGGUUGGAAGGAAGGAGACGGUUUGGGGUCUGAUGGCCAAGGAAUCAAGAACCCUGUUAACAAGGGCUCAACAUCCGUGGAUGGUGCAGGAUUUGGCAUUGACCGCCCAGCAGAACUGACAAAAAGAGAUGAUGAGUAUGAGGCGUUCCGGAAAAGAAUGAUGUUGGCAUACCGAUUCCGACCUAACCCACUGAAUAACCCACGACGUCCGUAUUAUUGAAGAGUUGAUCUUACUGGUUUCAUAAACUGUGAUCUCUGAAGACUUGUCUGUAAUGUGCUAUUCCCAGGCAGCAAGCACCAUUUAUUUUUCAAUGUAUGCAAGGAAAUUAGUUUGUCCCCAUGAAGGAACCUUACCAUAGUGCUCCCUCUCACUGUUUACUCUUGCAGAGGAAAUAGUUGGUUUAAUAAAUAUAUUUUUAACUCAA